AUGCGCUUCACUAGUAGCCUUGCCUUCAUCGCAGCUUUAACCCUCGCAAACCUUUCCAGCACUUUUGCUAUGUUGCCUAUCCAAGUUGGGAAAUACGGCAUCGUCAGCCAGAGGACUGCCACCUUCCUCCAAGCAGCCGACAACUCUACGGCCCUCUUCGCCUUCUCAACAGACAUCCCACCCCCCUAUCCAACGAUCUUCACCUUGAUCCCCGGCAUCGAAGGCGGGUUCACCCUGAAGCUAGAAGGCUUGGGCGGGGAGUAUGUCACCCGACAUGCUAAUGAAGAAACUUCUGUUGGAUACGUCGUCGGUCCCGGCUGGGCCGCCCUUGAUUGGGGUAUUUCCCCGGCUGGGGAUGAGACCUACGUUAUAAAGGUUAUCGAUAGGGAUGUUGUUUGGACCGCUGAUCCUCCAGGCGGACCCAUUUCCCAGAUAAUCCUAGCACCCGUGACCGGACAGAAGGCACAGACCUUCAUGUUCGUCAAGUAUCCUUUUGAGAGCCAGUAG